CGGGGGGGGAGCGACCGAGACCGACCCGGCGGCGGCUGCAGCGCAGAGCUAUGAAGACCCCUGCGGACGCAGGGUUCGCCUUCCCCGACUGGGCCUACAAGCCCGAGUCGAGCCCCGGCUCGCGGCAGAUCCAGCUGUGGCACUUCAUCCUGGAGCUGCUGCGCAAGGAGGAAUACCAUGACGUGAUUGCUUGGCAGGGCGACUACGGCGAGUUCGUGAUCAAGGACCCCGACGAGGUGGCGCGGCUGUGGGGUGUCCGCAAGUGCAAGCCCCAGAUGAACUAUGACAAGCUGAGCCGGGCCCUGAGGUACUACUACAACAAGCGGAUCCUGCACAAAACCAAAGGGAAACGAUUCACCUACAAGUUCAACUUCAACAAGCUGGUGCUGGUGAACUACCCCUUCAUCGACAUGGGCAUGGCAGGUGGCCCCGUGCCCCAGAGCGCCCCGCCGGUGCCCUCAGGCGGCUCCCACUUCCGCUUCCCGCCCUCCACGCCGUCGGACGUGCUCUCGCCCGGGGCGGAGGAGCUGCGCUCGCCGGGUGUCUUCUCGGCCGUGGCCCGGCGCCUCGCCCGUGGCUCGGUCAGCGACUGCAGCGACGCCACCUCGGCCACCUCGGAGCUGGAGGAGCCGCUGGGCGAGGAGGGGCGCCGGGGAGGGGGGCCGGGCGAGGGGGGCGGCUUCCCAAGGGGCUCCCCCAUGCCCCCCAUUCAUACUUUAUCUUCCUCAAACUAG